CAGGGCUUCAUCGUCGGCCCCCAGACCUCCGAGGGCCUGAAGGACGCCUUCGGCGCCUCCGCCGUAGCAACAGAAGGCCUCGAGUACGAAGCCUCGCUGCUCGACAACCUCGAGCCGGGCGGCACCGACGCCGCCGCCGCCGCCCUGAUGCGCGACACGCUGACCGCGAUGGCGCACGAGUGCCCGCGCGCCGUCAUCGUGGCCGGCGGCUACUCGCAGGGCGCUGCGGUUAAUCACCGCGCGAUCGAGGCCCUGCCGCCGGCCGUGCAGGACCGCAUCGCGGGCGUGGUGCUGUAUGGCGACACGCAGGCGCGCGAGGACGGCGGGCGGAUCCCGGGGUUUCCGCCGCAGAAGGUGAUGGUUAUUUGUCAGCGGGGGGACCUGGUGUGUCGUGGCGUGCCGCUUGUUUUGCCGUUUCAUUUGACAUAUGGGACGCGUGUGGAUGAGGGCGUGGCCUUUCUGGUGAGGAAGAUCAAGGACGCGCAGGCGGGGGACGGGACUGAGGAGGCGGUGUUCGUGGUGGAGGAGGAGGUUGAUGGGCUGGAUGAUGGGGUUGAGAAGAUCGCUGUUGCUUUGGUGGCGUAG